AUGAGGUCGUUACCUCUUGUCGAGCCGCUGAAGCCCGGGGAGGCUCCUCAGAGAGGCACGACGCUCUAUAUCAUAUCCGUAGCGAUGGUUGUUGUUGCUGGGCUUUUCGUCGCGGCUCGAAUCAGCGUCAGGUUAUCGAAGUUGACGACAAGUCAAGGACUUGGGCAAGAUGAUUAUUGCGUGAUUGCUUCUUUGAUUUCAUCAGUUGGACUGUCUGUCACAGAGAUAGAAGCAACUGUGCACGGCUAUGGGAAUCAUCUGAAUGGUCUCACAAAGCCUCAAAUCCAGGAGGCACUUGAGUUUUACGUCGCCCAAAUAAUGUAUAAAGUGGUUAUCACGUUCAAUAAGAUGGCGCUUCUCUUGUUCUACCUUCGAGUCUUUCCUCAGCAAAAGUUCCGAGCCCUCUGCUUCGCUGGUCUGGCCUUCGUGGGUUGUUCUGGCUUCGCCUAUAUCGUUGCGACCAUCUUUCAAUGCAACCCAGUACCAUUUUACUGGAAUCGGACAAUCCAUGGGGGCCAUUGCAUCCAGAGUGCUCCAUUCUGGAUCUCUUAUGCAGUGAUCAACAUCGCGACGGAUUUCUAUAUCUUGUGUUUGCCGAUGCCUAUCCUUUACUCGCUGUCGCUGUCGAAGAAGGACAAGUAUGGUGUUAUGGGAUGCUUUGCGCUUGGAUUCUUCGUCUGCUUCACAACGAUCUACCGAAUGACAACUCUGGCAUCAUCAAGCAAAGGAACAGAUUUAACAUAUGGCCCCGUUCCAGCGACGAACUGGUCCGUGAUCGAAGCCAACACCGGUCUCAUCUGCACCUGCCUCCCCAUGCUAAACCAAUACAUCAAAGUCUUCACCGGUUUCUUCAGCCGGUCCUCAGCAAACACCUCGUCCGUACGCCCAGGCAACACUCCGCGCUCCGGCAAGUUCGGCAUCGGCCUCUACAAUAUUUCCGCGAAGUCAAACAAGGACGAGAUAUUUGGGACCGGAAGGCAAUGGGGUGCAGUCGAUAGCACAGUGGAGAGCAGGCGUGAUAUGUUGAGGACGGAAAGUCAGGAAAAUAUGGUGGGCGAUAAGAAAAUUCAUCGGAAGGUGGACGUGGAGAUGUGGCAUACAGACGGGAGGUCGGAUGAGAGUUUGAAGAUAUGA